UGAGUUUUCAUAGUUUCUUAACAUUUUGAUUAGACAGACAAUUAAGCAUGAAGAAUUUAGAUAGAUUUUUCCUUUUGUCUAAAAUCUGUAUUGCUGAUUGCCAUUUGAGGGUACCUGUAAGACUGGCCGUAUAGGCUGACUGUUGUUUCUCUUGUUAUUAAUAAGUGUUUUUACUUCUCUCCCAAUCUCUCUAGGCAGUUCAGUUAACCCCCAGGCGGUGGCUGAACCUGCAGGAGUACCAGAGCAAGAAGCUGAUGGCUGACAACGGAGUGAAAGUGCAGAGAUUCUUUGUAGUGGACAACGCGAGCGAAGCUCUGGAGGCCGCUAAGAAACUGAAUGCAAAAGAAAUUGUUUUAAAAGCUCAGAUCUUAGCCGGAGGAAGAGGCAAAGGCACGUUCAGUAGCGGUUUGCAAGGAGGCGUUCACUUAACAAGAGACCCUAAAGUUGUGGGACAGUUGGCUAAACAGAUGAUUGGAUAUAAUCUAACAACGAAACAGACUCCAAAGGAAGGUGUGAAAGUCAACAAGGUGAUGGUUGCCGAAGCCUUGGACAUUUCCAGGGAGACCUACUUUGCGAUUCUGAUGGACCGGUCCUGCAACGGCCCCGUGCUAGUGGGCAGCCCCCAGGGGGGCGUUGACAUUGAAGAGGUGGCAGCUUCGAAUCCAGAACUUAUUUUUAAGGAGCAGAUUGACAUCAUUGAAGGUAUAAAGGACAGCCAAGCACAGCGGAUGGCGGAAAAUCUAGGCUUCCUUGGGCCUUUGAGAAACCAGGCUGCAGACGAAAUUAAGAAGCUAUAUAACCUUUUCCUGAAAAUUGAUGCUACUCAGGUGGAAGUGAACCCCUUUGGUGAAACUCCAGAAGGACAAGUUGUCUGUUUUGAUGCCAAGAUAAACUUUGAUGACAACGCAGAAUUCCGACAGAAAGACAUAUUUGCAAUGGACGACAAAUCAGAAAACGAGCCCAUUGAGAAUGAAGCUGCCAGAUAUGAUCUAAAAUACAUAGGAAUGGAUGGGAACAUAGCCUGCUUCGUGAAUGGCGCGGGACUCGCCAUGGCUACCUGCGAUGCCCUUUUCCUGCAUGGUGGGAAGCCAGCCAACUUCUUGGAUCUCGGUGGUGGCGUCAAGGAAACUCAAGUAUAUCACGCCUUCAAACUGCUCACAGCCGAUCCUAAGGUGGAAGCCAUCCUUGUCAAUAUUUUUGCUGGAAUUGUCAACUGUACCAUCGUUGCCAAUGGGAUCACCAAGGCCUGCCGGGAGCUGGAACUUAAGGUGCCCCUGGUGGUCCGGCUGGAAGGAACCAAUGCCCGCGAGGCCCAGAACAUACUCAACAACAGCGGGCUCCCCAUUACCUCGGCCGUCGACCUGGAGGAUGCAGCCAAGAAGGCCGUGGCCAGCGUGGCAAAGAAGUGAUCCUUCGUCCUGGUCCCUGGAGGAAGAGGUCCAUUUGCUGUGAAAGGGGUGGUUCUCUCUUCACUGUGAAAGAAAUGGUUAUCUCACUGGGGUAAAACAUGGGAAGGGGAGAAACAAGAAUCAUUGUAUGAAAAAUCUUAAUUCCCCAUCUUCUUGAACCAGAUGUCUGUACAGCCUGAAUAACCUGAUUUCACUUAUGUCUUCACUAAAUUAGCGCCCUGUGUUCUCGCACCUUUCUGUCACCGUGAGCCUGCUCAGUAGACAUGGUGUUGCUGGCUUUGGGGAGCAGCCUGUGUGGCCAAAGAGAUCCCCAUUCACUGCCCGCAGCUUUGGUGGACAUUUAAUCCUGUAUAAUAAAAAACUCACAGGCCUUAAAACUACAUUUAACAGAUUAACUCUCAAAAAGGCGCCGCUAAGACAGUCAGACAAAUAGCAGUUACACACUAUCAGUUUUUCCAAGUUUCUGAUUCCAGCCCUUGUAUGGAAAAUCCAUGAACAUUCCAAAGUAUAUUUUACAAUGGAGGGUCCACACUCCUGUGUGAUAGUCCAUCCAUGGAUUCUACCAUCUGCCUUAAUAUUGAAUAUACUCCUUACCUCACUGAAAAAAUAAUUCCACAAGCCUUUUUUGUGAUUUUUUAGAAGAUUUCAUUUAAUGUGAAAACUGGAGAGAGCUGAUUCUUGUGGAAAUGUCUGUAAUUAAACACAUUCCAAGAUGUAAUUAAGACAUUCCAAGAGGAGACAUCACUGUAAUUUUAUUGUGAGUGUAUCAUUUCCCCCCCACCCCCACCCUUCCUGGUCCCCAUAAUCUACCAGCUUGGGAAAUGUAAUUAAGGGAGUGGGUUUUUCCAUAAUGUUCAUUUGUGGGGAGGGGAAUGAAUUAGGUUUAGGAUGAUAUUUUGCUAAAUCUUUAUUUGUACACAAAUUUAAAUAAAAUUCUAUGUUUUGUAAGCUCUAA